AUGGCGGGAGACGGCAAGUGGGUGAUGGACAUCGUUUUGCACACGGCUAUGCUCGCCGGCAACGCGGUGGUCGACCUCUGGAGCGGCUGGUCGACGGAGAUCAUGCUCGGCGUCAGCUUCGCGGCGCAACUGGUGCUCACCGUCACCGCCGGGUUCCGGUGGCGCAGCGCCUCCCCGGGCCUGCGCAACGUCAUCUGGUUCUUCUACGUCGGCGCCGACUACGUGGCCACCACCGCGCUCGGCCACCUCUCCCUCAGCGGCACGUCCGGCAGGCGCCGCCUCGUCGCGUUCUGGGCGCCCUUCUUCCUGCUCCACCUCGGCGGCGCCGACAGCAUCUCCGCGUACGAGCUCGAGGACAACCAGCUGUCGGCGCGCAGCGUGCUCGAGCUCGUCCUCCGGGUGCUUGGAGCCCUGUACAUCGUCUACAAGUCCAUCAAUGGCAGCUGGGUCCUGGGCCCAGCGUCCGGGUUGAUGCUCUUCGUCGGCGUGGCCAAGUACACGGAGAAGACGUUGGCGCUCAGCCGCGCCAACCUGGCCAACAUCCGGGCCGCCGUCGAGAGGCAGCGCCGUCGCCGCCACCGCGGUGAUGGUGGCGGCAGCGAGCGUCGUCUCCCCAAGUUCGCAGCUGCAGCGGACGACGACGAAGGCAACCUUGUCAUGAAGGCCCACGCGCUGUUCCACAUCUGCAAGAACUCCAUGGUGGACUCGUCGGUGGAUCAGUCGGCGUCGAACACCUACGACGCAACGGCUGAUCACACGAAGGAGACCCUCUUCCAGCUCGAGUGGAAGCAGCUGUUCAUGGUGAUGGAGAUGGAGCUCUCCCUCAUGUACGACUUCCUCUACACCAAGGCCGGCGUCAUCUACACCUGGCACGGCUACGCCAUCCGCGCCGUGUCGCCGGUGUUCACCGCCGUGUCGCUGGUCCUCGUCGAGCUCAGCAACGUCGGCGGCCGCCACAAGCGAUCCGACGUCGUCAUCACCCGUAUCCUGCUGGUCUCCACUUUCCUCCUCGAGACGGCGUCGCUGCUCAGGGCCGUCGCCUCGACAUGGACCGGUUUCUUCCUGCACCGCCAUCUGCGACAAGGUUGGAUCCGCCAUGAAGCUCUGUGCGCAAGCCGCUGGCUUCGGUUCCGUCGCAUGUUCGCGUCCAUCGGCCGGCUCGCAAAUACGCAGGAUCACCGGAGAUGGUGCGGCAAGAUGGGGCAACUCAGCGUGCUGCAGCUCGUCACCGGCGGCGAUCGGCAGCAAGAUCAUCGGUCAUGGGACAAGGAAUGCAAGCGAUACUCGGAGAAGAAGACGAUGGUGAUCCCGCAAGACGUGAAGGAGCUGGUUUUCCGGCGAGUGAGGGGGCAGCUGGUCGACCUGAGGGCGAGGAUGAACAGAGAGGUGGCGGAGACAGGAGCGGACAUGGACCUGAGGAAGAUGGCGGCCAACCUGAGGACGAAGAGGGGCCAGCUCGCGCUGCAGAACUUCAACUUGCUGUCGGAACUCCGGUGGAGCCUCGGCGACGAGCUCCAGCUGGGCAUCCUCACAUGGCACGUCGCCACCGAGAUCUACCUCGUGUUGUCCGGCAGAGCCAGAGCCGCCACCCGCGCCGGCGCCGGCGGCGAGGAAGAAGACGCCGUCCUAGCCCGGCCGGUGAGGGCGAUCAGGACUCUGUCCGACUACAUGAUGUACCUCCUCGCCGUCCGCCCUGACAUGCUCCCGGGACUCGUCACCAGCAAGCUGUUCGAGCUCACCUGCGAGGAUGUCGCCCGGAUUUGGUCCAAACAUCAGACACCAUCCGCCGCCGACGUCGAGUCGCCGUCACCUUCUUCCUCUCCGGGACCCAGCGCCUCCGCCGCCGCCGCCGUGCCGAGGAGGAAAUUCUUCCCGCUGCGCAACCGGUGGCGAGUUUCGCCAAGGCUCGGCCACACGAGGUGGGAGGAGGAGGAGCUCGCCAGGAGGCUCAUCGACCAAUGGCGAGGACGAGACGACGCGAGCGGCGGCGGCAUUGCCCUAAACAAGUACCUCGCCCGCGGCGUCGAGCUGGCCAUGAAGCUGCUCGACCUGGAGGCGAAGGGCAAGGCGGACAUGCUGCAGGUGACCCUGGAGGUGUGGGUGGACAUGCUGUUCUACGCGAGCUACCGGUGCAGCAAGGAGUCGCACGCGAAGCAGCUGAGCCAGGGCGGCGAGCUGACCACCGUGCUCUGGCUCGUCGCCGAGCACGUCGGCCUCUUCCUCGUCAGGAAAUCCGGCAAGGGGGUUGAGGAGGACAAUUGGAGGAGGAGGAAAGAUGCUAAGCAAGCCCGUAAGAUGAUGAUGUCGUAA